CACGCGCAGAGUAAUGUAUACGCGCACAUGUCAAUUGUCAAAGUCUCUGAAGACCAAUUUAAAUAUCUUUUUUUCCUCUAAUCUUUUCAAGCUAGCAACUUCCCCUCAAACUCUUUUUCUCACAAAAACUGUGAAAAGUAUGGAGUCGGAAGCUUCAUCGUUCGAGUCUAGCGAGACGUUGGCAGCUCUUGUUGCGUCGACGCCGUUGCUGGAGGAAUCGUGGAAGGUUUGUGUCGUUGCCGAUGCAUCGGUAGAUAGCCAUUUUACCGUGAUUCGUAUUGGUGGAAUAGCAUAUGUGGGUUUCUCCAGCUUUAAAUUGGCUGCCGGAGUCGGCUUAAGUUGCCGGAAUAUAAUGCGACUUCCGGAUGAGCUUUUCUCUUCGUUGUGCCUGGGUGGCCCGGAUCUGCCGAUGGUUCAUGCCGGAUUGUUGCAUCUUUUUCUAUCAGUCUAUGCGGACAAUUUAUUCCGCGAUCAGAUGUUUGAAAUAAUGAACACGUCCAAGUCAGUAGUCAUAACAGGACGCUCGAUUGGAGGAGCAAUUGCAUCCCUCUUAGCUCUUUGGUUUCUCUGCCACCGGAGAACUAUUUGCUCUGUGAUUUGCAUUACUUUUGGCUCUCCAAUGCUUGGCAAUGAGUCCUUCUCCAGAGCCAUUCUUCAACAAAGAUGGGCUGGAAAUUUUUGCCAUGUUGUUUCACAGCAUGAUAUAGUCCCAAGGCUGUUCUUUGCCCCAUCUAUCGCACUGGCUUCUUCAUCAUGUUCUUUCCAGUUUAUUCAUCAUUUGUCAGAAGAAAACAAGACUCAGCUUUUUCGCGUUGUAUUGGAUUCUCUUGGAGUGAUUUCACAAAGUGAAUGUAAGAGUUCAUUUUGUCCCUCUGGGAGCUACUUGUUCUGCACCAACAGGGGUGCAGUAUGUGUCGAUAAUGGGAUGCUUGUCAUUAAGUUGCUUUACUUGACGCUACUGAAUGGCUUGCUAAAUUCUAGCCUCGAAGAUCAUCUUGGUUAUGCUGAUUUCAUUCAGAAAGCUCAUUGGCAAUUUAUAGAGAAUAGAAGCUUUAUGGGAGGCAAUCUAUCCAAGUCAAGCUAUGAAGCAGGGAUAACAUUGGCGCUGGAGUCACUAGGAAUAGCUUCUCAUAAGAUCAAGACGAAUAAUUUUGCUUCUACUGACAAACAGGAAUUGAAUUCAGAAGAUGCUAAGGAGGCCCUGAAAAAGGCAAAAAAGUUGGGUCGAACUCGCAACCUCAACAGCGCCAACCUUGCAAUUGGUUUAUCCAAGAUCAAUCCACUCAGAGCACAGAUAGAGUGGUAUAAAGCAUCUUGUGACAAUUCUGGUGAUCAAAUGGGAUAUUACGACUCAUUCAAGCAAAGAGGAGCUUCAAAAAGAGGCUUUAAGGUCAAUAUGAACAGGAUCAAACUUGGUCAGUUUUGGGAUUCUUUGAUUGACAAGUUGGAAGCUAAUGAACUGCCCUAUGAUUUUCAUAAACGUGAAAAGUGGGUAUGUGCUUCUCAGUUCUACAAACUCCUUGUCGAACCACUUGAUAUUGCAGAGUAUUACAGGAAUGGGAUGCAUCGUGUGAAAGGCCACUAUAUGCAGCAUGGGAGGGAGAGAAGGUACAAGAUUUUCGAUAAGUGGUGGAGCGAGAAUAGCACUGAUCAUCCUAAUGCAAGGAGCCGUUUUGCGAGUUCGACACAAGAUUCAUGCUUUUGGGCUAAGGUUGAGGAGGCAAGAGACAGGCUUAUUAAGAUCAGAACUGAGGGUGAUGAAAGAAAGUUUAUCAAGAUGUUAAAAGAUAUCACUAAGUUUGAUCAAAAUGCUAGGAGAAUGAUUGAAAAUAAGGAGGUUUCACCAGAUGUUUUGGCCAAAAACUCAAGCUACAGUUUGUUUAUAGAGGAAUGGAAGGAAUUCCAAUCUCAAUUACAGCUGUUCCAACCUCAGUUUCCUGGAAUUCAACAGUUCCUUAGUUAAAAAGAAAAAUCUUGAGGAUUGUUUGGUCUAGCUAGUUAGGGCAUCAUCUCUCUCUAUGUAGCAAAUAAAGAAGCUCAGCUAAAAUAUCUGUUCUAAAUUUUACCAUAAACAGAUAUCAGCUUAAGCUAAAAUGGAGCCUGAAUUAUGUAUAAAAAAAAACUUAUUGUUUCUCAAGAAAAACAUUACUAUAUGAAUUAUAACCAGAUGAUCUACUCCAAA